CUCGGCUGGGCAAAGAAAACAGUCUCUCCAAAGAGUUUCUCUCCAAUGGGACGUGUGGAAAUGCGCGUUGAUGGGCUCUUACGAAUUUGCAACCAGGCUGUAAAUCCCCUUAACGGGUUCUUGAAGUGUUUGUUGUGCGCCAUUCCAAUGAACGCAGUGCCAGGAGCAGCGCUGCGUAAAGCCCAACAGCUCGCGUGGAAACCAGUCGGUUCUCGACGGCGUUUGUGAGCGCGGAACGGAAAAGGAUUGUAUAUGAAAGAGUCCCGGAGCGUUAUUCGAAAGGAAAUAAUGCUCCUUUAGUGAGGGGAAAAAAAGUUUAUAGAAAAGUUUAAAGAAGGAAAACGUGGUUCUCUCCGCGUGAACGCGCGACUGCCCACGUUUCGCUUUUAUUGUUCCAUCUGGAGCGAAAUUAGAAUAAAUCAGAUAAAGUGGAAUCAGUGAAAGGCGCGGGGAAAACCCUUCUGCAGCUACUCUCUUCUGCAUAUAACUUGUUGAAUGAGCUUGUCGUCCCAGGAGCGCAUUUUAAUGAUGCUGCCUGUGGCAAAAACCACAGGAGAGCGAGCUCAGGGCGUCUGACAGCCGCUGACUUAUGAGGAGUGUCACCCUGCUCUGCACAUCACAUCUGACCGCUUGUUGACCCUUUCAUCAACGCUCAACACUUGUAAAGAAGCUCACUUGUUGACAACCCUCAUCAGCCAGGCAGAAGUGGCAAAAAUUGGAGAAAAAAAGAAGUGAAUAGGGCUAAUGGUUGCCUGAAGCUGCUCACUCAAAAGUAGGUAGCAACAUGCUGCCACAGCUCCCCAAUGAUCAAUUGCCACUCGCAAAGCUGCAGUUAGUGUAGAAAAUUCCCAGCAAUAUUGUCAUAUUUGUGACCAAGAAGCAGCUGUAAAGAAAAAACAAGACGUUCCACAGCAGCCACAAAGAACCAGCAAUGUUUUGGCUCGUAUUGUUCUCUCUACAAGCGGUGUGCACCAGCGUGGCACAUGCCAUGCAGCAUUACCCAGCGGCCUGGGGACACUAUGACGUGUGCAAGUCUCAGAUCUACACAGAGGAGGGCCUGGCCUGGGACUACAUGGCCUGUCAGCCAGAAGCCACCGACAUGACAAAGUACCUGCGAGUGGCCCUCGACCCCCCAAAUAUCACGUGUGGAGAUCCACCAGAAACAUACUGCGCUUUGGAGAAUCCUUACAUGUGCAACAAUGAAUGUGACGCCACCACAGAGGAGCUGGCUCAUCCUCCAGAGCUGAUGUUUGACUUUGAGGGUCGGAACCCCACAACUUUCUGGCAGUCCACCUCCUGGAAGAAAUACCCAAAGCCCCUUCAGGUCAACAUCACUCUGUCAUGGAACAAAACCAUCGAGCUGACGGAUGACAUCGUACUGACCUUUGAGUCCGGCCGACCCGAGCAGAUGGUCUUGGAAAAGUCACUGGACUACGGACGGACCUGGACCCCGUACCAAUUCUACGCCACCGACUGCCUGGACGCCUUCACCAUGGAACCCAAGACGGUGAACGACCUCACCCAGCGCACCCUGCUGGACAUCAUCUGCACCGAGGACUACUCCAGAGGCUACGUAUGGAAGAACGACAAGACGGUGCGUUUUGAGAUCAAGGACCGCUUCGCCUUGUUUGCCGGACCUCGGCUACACAACAUGGCCUCGCUGUACGGCCAGCUGGAUACAACCAAGAACCUGAGGGACUUCUUCACCAUCACUGAUCUGAGGAUUAAGCUGCUGAAGCCAGCCACCGGAGCCACCAUGGUGGAUGAGAAUAACCUCUCCAGAUACUUCUAUGCCAUCUCUGACAUCAAGGUGCAGGGAAGGUGCAAGUGCAACCUGCAUGCCAACAGCUGUGUGUUUGACAAGGGGAAGCUGGGCUGUGAGUGUGAACACAACACCACAGGGCCAGACUGCAGCCGCUGCAAGAGGCACUACCACGGCAGAGCCUGGAGUGUGGGCUCUUACCUUCCAAUACCCAAAGGAACAGCAAAUAUAUGUAUUCCCAGUAAUCACGGACCAGUGCAUCGAGCAAAUGCUUCAUCUCUUGGUGUUGCAAAUCGUAACCAAGCUCGCGUGUGUGACAACGCCAUGCUGCGCUGUCAGAACGGCGGCACGUGCCACCACCAUCAGCGCUGCCACUGUCCCCCUGGCUUCACGGGCGUCCUGUGCGAGAGAGCUCGCUGCCAGGGCCCAGGGGAGUGCGAGGACCAAUUGUCUGGACGGGCCGCCUUCCAUAACCACCCCAUCGCUUAUACCCUCGUAGUGCUCCUGCUAUUGAUUGUACCCCUUUGCUGAGAGACCAGAGUGGCCUCACAUCCUUAACCAAAACCCUAAGACCACAUAUGUUGAGACUGAACUCUCAACUUGAAGAACAGAGGACGUGUGGACAAUGUGCUCGGCAUACAAUAUAAGCAACUCUUUUGUAUAUCCAAGGCCACAGGUGUGGGUGAAAGUGUAACUAGUGCAACAGGAUCUGUUAUACCGAAUACUAGAUGGAUUCAUGAACGUAUUGGUAAAGUCGCUGCAGUCUUAUAAUGUCACAGAGGACACGGUUGGAGUGCUGGCUUUGCGGUUAUGUCAUUGGCUGAUGCUUCAUUAAAAAGGCAGACUGGAGACUCGGGUAGAGCUACCCACCUUCUGAGAGCAAACUGUACAAAACUAGACACAUGAUUUCUAAGUAUCAUCUGAAGUAAUUAAAAAAUAAUAAUGUGGACGGGGACAUUUUAGUUCAUCUCACCUCACUGCCUCCUUCCUUCCUUGUUCCCUUCUUCUUCUCUCCGCUCCCUCACUCUGUCCCUCACUGCUCCUCCCUGUGCUUUGGUGACUCUGGUGAUUUUUACUUUGCUGAAGGGUGUCUGUUGUUUCUGCAAAAUGCUGCACAUGUAAUGUUAACGAGCCCCUAGAUGAGUACCAAUCUUUUUCGGUUUUUUUUCCUUUUUCCGGAGGCUUUGUAGUCAUGCUUGAGCUCACCUGUAUGGGAUUAAAAAAAAAAAAAAAGUUGUAACAUACUGUAACUGUAUUUAAUUUUUGUAUAAAACAGAUAUUUUCAUGACUACGCAAAACAAAAGGAUGUAUUACUUGUUUUCUAUUGCUGCAGAUCUGUCCUAGACGUGGACUAUAUGAGUGCGUAAGGAGUUUGGUUGUAUUAUUUCCUUUGCUUGUGUGGCACAUGGUUCUCUUCAUUCGAGAUCUGCUGUCAAAACUAUGUUUACAUACAUACUUACACAAUACACUUCCACCAAAGGGAAAAAGAAA